AUGGCAUUUCAGGCAGACUCUUUCAUCUCCGAUGAGGAAGAAGAGGUGUGUCCUCUCUGCGUCGAAGAGAUGGACAUCAGUGACCGAAACUUCAAGCCCUGUCCGUGCGGCUACCAGAUCUGCCAGUUCUGUUACAACAACAUUCGUCAGAACCCGCAGCUAAAUGGCAGAUGCCCCGGAUGUCGACGGCCCUACGACGACGAGAGUGUUGAGUACAAGGUCAUCUCGCCCGAGGAGUGGAAGAAGCAUCAUGUCAAGCAGACCAAGCAGGAGCGGGAGCGAAAGCAAAAGGAGCGGGAAAAGAAGGAGAUGGAACAGAGCUCACGCAAGCAUCUGUCGGGCAUGCGAGUUAUCCAGAAGAACCUCGUUUAUGUCAUCGGCCUCAACCCAGACAUACCCACCGAAGAUCUGCACAACACUCUUCGUGGCGAGCAGUUCUUUGGACAGUAUGGCCGCAUCCAGAAGAUUGUCAUCAACCGGCGCAACAACGUCAACGGCACCCCCGGCCUUGGCGUCUAUGUGACGUUCUCCAAAAAGGAGGACGCCGCUCGAUGUAUCGCUGCCGUGGACGGCUCCAUGAACGACGGCAAGUACUUGAGGGCAGCGUACGGCACCACAAAGUACUGCUCGUCAUACCUGCGGGGCCAACCCUGCCCCAACCCCAAUUGCAUGUUCCUGCACGAACCUGGGGAGGAGGCAGACUCGUACACCCGGCAGGAUCUCUCCACAAUUCAGCAUGCGGCUCGACAGGGCAUUCAAAAGCAACAGCGACAGCAGCAGCAGCAACAACGGUACGGCGACUUCCAGCAGCACUCCCAACCAUCGCCCGUGCAGCCCAACACUCCUAUUAGACACCAGAGUGGCCACGCUGCAGUGGCUCAACAUGCCACUGAAGACAUCCAUGGAAACGCUCUUCCUGCCACUGCCUCUUGGGCCAAGCAGAGCCCCACAACCCCUGCUGGAAAGCUGCAUACUCCCGCCCAGGCCUCUCCUGUCAAGCCCACUCCAGUAGAGCCUGCUGUGAACUACCCUAUGCCGGAUCCGGAUCCCAAGCGUCAGAUGGACUUCACUCUGCCCUUGUUCAAGAACACACUCAAGUCGCUAUCAAAGAACAAGUUUGACUUUGUGUUCUCAUCGGCCAUUCUCAAGUCUUUGGAUCUGGACGACGACAAGAACUCGCUGCCUAAUCUAUUUGCCUUCUCUAAGGACAACAUCAUGGACCCCAGCAAGCACGAAUCGUCCGAGUUUCUGGAGGGCCAGUUCACACCCUUUGCCAUCUUUUCUGGUGGUAAAGCCGCGGCUCUUCCUCUGGCCAGCGACGAGACCCAGAGCUUCCAACAACUCAUGAAAGGAGGCCCCACCGACAAAGUGCCCGAGCAGGCCGCCACCCCACCUCCUGGUCUCAUGGGGGACAGCAACCAGAAACAGCAUCACAGCCAAGAGCUUCUGGCACAUCUAAUGAACGGCGGCAAGAAAGGUGAGAACUAA